ACGCCCUUUACCAAUAAACGCUAUCACUGACGACGGUCAUCCUAUACUGACUACUAGUCCAGGCCUCACACUUUCCAAUGACCUCUAACCCGAACGACAUCAAGGGGGAGCUUUGUCUCUUCGCAAAGAUACAUCCCAAAGCUGGGAUGGGCCCUCAAGUCGUCGAAUGGAUCGGAAAACUAAAAGAUGCCGUGAAGAAUGAGCCUGGCACGCUAGAGUACAGUUGGGCGCAGAACGGAGACGAGCUCCUCGUUUGGGAACGAUAUGUCGAUGCGGCUGCCUUUGCGGCGCACACCACGAAUGAUGUUUUCAAAGCGUUCGUCGCUGCUGAUCUUUGGAGAUCGGCGCCAUCGAUGACGUUCUACUCUGGAGAGGUGAAAGGAGACUUCUAAAUGUAUUCAUAAAGCGGGGAAAGAGUGGACCAUCGGAUGUACAUCAAUCUGUAACACAACCAAGAC